AUGCGGUUCUCAGCACUGCUUGUAGCUUUGGGAUUGACCGGCUCUGGGCUCGCAGCACCAUACAAUUCAAAUGGAGCGUUGCUUAUUGAGAGACGGCAAGCUUUGACUGGUCUCUUCAACGGCGUUAAUAACGCCCUGGCUGUGACGGCCAGCGGACUGCUCGAUGAACUCGGCGACGCCUUGAACAAAGGAGACAGGGCAAAGACACUCGAUACGCUGCAGAAGCUGAAGUCCACAAAAAAGCCGAAGAACGUUGGCGAAGCAUCAUCUAUCACUGAAAAGAUCGCUAAGUCAGAGCCUGAUAACAUCGUUGAGUACAGCGCGCGAUUGAUAGCGAAUGGCAUCGUCUCCGGAUCAACAGAUGAUCUACUGGGCUACGCCCAAGGCCUCGGCUCCGUAGAGAAUGGAAACAACAACCAAAACCCUGACCCGCCAAAGAGCGUCUUUCCAAGGGCGGCAAGCUGUGAUGCGCCAUACACAGUCAGCGAGAACAAGCUCAGGUCUGCUAUCUACAUCCCGGACACUUUUACCUACGGCAAAAAGCUACCUGUGAUUUUGUUCCCUGGUACCGGAUCUACCGGCUACAUCGCAUUUCGGGGCAGCUUCAUCCCAUUGCUCACCGGUGUGGACUGGGCUGAUCCUGUCUGGGUUAACGUACCUGAACUUCUUCUUGGUGAUGCGCAAGUCAAUGCCGAGUACGCUGCGUACGCGCUCAACUACAUCGCCUCCCUCUCAAAGCGAAGCGUUGCUAUCAUCGGUUGGUCGCAGGGCAACAUCGAUACUCAAUGGGCAUUCAAGUACUGGCCAUCAACUCGCAAAGUCACUACCGACCACGUCGCCAUCAGUGCGAAUUACAAGGGCACUGUUCUAGCCAACUUUGUCGACCUCUCAGGAAUUACCAACACGCCAUCUGUUGUCCAGCAAGAAGCUGGUAGCAAUUUCAUCAAAACUCUUCGCUCUGACGGCGGUGAUUCAGGAUAUGUACCGACAACAAGUCUGUACUCUAGCUUCCUGGACGAGAUUGUCCAGCCGCAAGAGGGCACCGGGGCUUCGGCUUACUUGCUCGACCAAAGAAAUGUCGGCGUCACAAAUGCUGAAGUACAAAAAGUUUGCGCUGGAAAACCAGGUGGUUCAUUUUAUACACAUGAAAGCAUGCUGGCAAACCCCCUCAGUUUUGCACUUGCGAAAGAUGCACUUACUCAUGAAGGACCUGGCAAGGUCUCCAGGCUGGACUUGGGAACAGUCUGUGCCUCAUCUUUGGCACCUGGACUUGGAUUGGAAGAUCUUUUGAUCACUGAGAACGCGAUUGUCAUUGCGGGCAUUUCUCUUGUUACGUAUUUGCCCAAGGUAAAGCAAGAGCCGGCGAUUAAGGAAUACGCUUUGAAUACAGCGGGGACGUGUUAA